CUUCACCUGGUCACACCGCAAGACGCUUCGCCAUUUUAAAAAUCAAAACAGGAGACGCUUCGCCGGAAAAGUCAGCAUUACGAUUCAAUUCCAACCGGACCCUUCAGCUUGACUCGCCCAUCCGUCACAGCAGUCGCCAUGCAGCGCCACAAGGAACUGUACAAGGAGCAAUCGCUGGUUCUGAGCCCGCGCAAUCACUGCCAGGAGAACAGGGAUCGGUUGCAUGCGGCGCGCGCCAAAAAACGGGACGAUUGUUUUUACCAGAACCGCAUCAUCAGCGUGAGCCCGACGCCGGUCAAAACGAAGCAAUUGGCGGCGGCCCAAGCUGCUCUGCCCCAGGAAAAUGUGGCACCCAAACUGGAGAUUCCGGAGCAGCUGGACACGAAGCCCGCAGAACAGCAGAAGGAAUCCAACCCGAAGGUCUCCCGCCAGAAACUCUACUUACAACGCUACAUGGAGUGGAAGACAGCCAAGACCAAAGAGCAUAAGCAGCAAGACCAGAAACGUCGAGGCGCAGCCAUCAAUGUGCCGACCUUAAAACAAUCAAAGGUCUUGCCUAAAUCGCAAACAUUUCGGGUUCCCGAUAAUCUAGCUUCUGCAAAGCAGAAGGAGGCAACUCACGGUUUCCAGCCUCCCAAGCGGUGUUCCCUCUACGUGAUUGCCAAUCCCACGGGCAAGGCCAAAGCCGCAGAACCGAUUAAACCUUCAAUACUCAAGCCAACGUCUGCAACUCCAAGUGCGGCCAAAGUGACAGCAGCAGCUCCUCCGUCAUCCAAUACCGUGGCUGCAUCUUCUGCCUUGGUCAGGCAUAAAUCAGCUGCUUCUGUAACAAAAAUAGUGCCUCCAAGUCGUCAAAACAACAAUCCGGUUGCCUUGGCCAGGCAAAAAGCAGCUGCGCGACCCAUUCCCAACACAACGAAGCAAACUAUCAGUCUAAGGCAGCCUGCGGUUGAAGCGAAGAAGAUCACUACCACCAUACCCAGACCCACCCCAGCGACAGUCACGAAAGCGAAAACGCCAGGCAUACGGCAACAGCCACCAGUGGUCAGCACAAAGCCCAGAUUACCUGCGCCGCCGGCACCACGGACAGCUAGACUGCCCAAUGUGUUGUCCCAUCCGUUCGAGAAACCUUUGGGAAACAGGGCACCAGUGACACAACGGGCGAAUGUCGUGAAACCACAGCCUAUUCGUGGCGGAGGUGGUGCUGCGGCCAAGUUCAAGGACACAGCUGGAGCGACCAGCAAGGCAGCAAGCCACUCCAUGCGAAUGAAGGCCACCAAGACAAAGAGCCAGUACACAAGACUUCAGGACAAUGUGCGAAAGCUUCCUCAGCUCAAAGCCGAGUUGCUGCAGGCAGCCACGCUAGACAUACCGCCUCACACGCCGCUAGAGGAUAUCCACAAUCCCUUCAUCGACCAGGCCACAUCAACGCAGUGCAAGUCGAACAAUAGCAGCGGUCAUCUAAUGGAGGCGUUUGGCGACAGCAUCCUGUUGAGCCCGGUGGCACCGGUCAAAGUUGAAGGAGAAAGUUCGGUCAAAAGGCAGUUGCUGCCGGUAGGUAAGAAAGAGACGUCCGGUCCGGUGGCAAAGAAAAAGUUCGACUUUACGCGUUACUCAGUGGCAAAUUCGCCGGCGGAGGACUCGCUCAUCUUGGAUCCUCAGCAGACGACGGUUACAGGAGACAAUGGAGAUUCCACAUUGGUGCCAGAGGGUACGAAGACACCGCCUCGUCGCGAAUCCAAUGGAAUGCCCAACUAUCUCAGUCCGUUUGUUAGUGUCUCGCGGGGAAAGGUGAACUCGCGCUGUGAGAAGGAGAAACGCAAUAGCUUCUACCUGUCCAAUGAGGAAUCGCCCUUGGAAGUUCGCCGUGCCAUCGAAUCGGUUCUGUACUUCCGACUGCAGCUGGAAAACGAGAUCACGCGCCUCCAAGCGCUUUGCGCUGAAUGGGAGACGUACAGCAAGGAGAAUGAGGCACGGCUGCAGGAAACCGGCGGCAUUGACAUGAUCAACGUGACCAUCGGCCAAACACGUCUGCUGACCACCAAGAAGAUGAUGCAGUUCAGCGGCCUGAUCGAUCGUUGCGAGGCUGGAGCGACCGGCAAGAACCGUCAGACAAACGACGGCAGCGAGGAUUCGAAACCGGUGCAGGCUGAGGAUCUGGAGGGCUGGUGGGACAUGCUGCGCCUGCAGAGCGAGAACGUGGACAAGCGCUUCGAUAACCUGAAGCGUUGGAAGGCCAACGACUGGCUGGAUCCGGAUGCAGUGGCCGAGGAACCCAAACAGCCGAAGCCCAAGCCCAAGAUUAGUCGCAACAUGAAGAUCAAAUCAAAGGCCAAGCCCAGCAGCAAUCUGCAGCAGUUCCUCCGCAAAGCCCAUGCCAACAUGAAGAAGACCAAGGUGGAGGAGCCGAUCCUGGAGGAUGGCCUGCCCUCCACGUCCACGCGCCAAAGUUCGCCGCGCGUAAUCGUAGUUCGCAACCGCCGAUCCUUUUCGCCCGCCCGCACAGUACUCCGCAUGUCCACCGGCGAAGGACGUCAGUCGAUUGCGCCGAAUGCGCUCCUGAAAUCAGCGAUCCUUGCGGCCGCCGAGCAGAACGCUGCCAAGACGCCGCCGCCCAAGCCGCGCGCCUCCAUCCUCAAGACGCCCGGCACCACGAAGCGCCAGAACCGUGGUGUGCUCUUCAGCGCCAAGAAGAGCGUACGGCGAUUCCAGUUCACGUACGAGGAGGGAAACAUUAGCAACGACGAGACGGUGGGCGCCGACAAGCUGGAGGACUGCGAGGAGGACAUGUCGUUGGAGGCCUCCACGGAACGCAGAUCCUUGGAGCAGAAUCCCGGAAGGGAUUCCAAUCAGGAAAAUGAAGGAACUCCUCGCAUGUACACGCUGCGCAACCGGCGGGUUAACCUGCGUCCCUCCUCCGAGUUUAUGUAGUGUUGUCUAUUGUCAGCAAUAGUACGUUGUGGAAUUGUUUAUACUUUUAUACUUUCUUCUUAGUUUAAUAUUUUUUUGCGGAUGCCAUUAAGUGUUAAUUCGUUAAGAUGUUGAAAAUUACAUUUGGCGUUUUAAAUGUU